AUGAAUAGCAAGAAUUCAUCAUCUUCUUCUUCCUUUACUACUGAUCUAUUCGGUUCAAUAAAUCCCUCUGCUUCUUCAUCUUCAGGGAUUUUUGAUGCAAUUUUCGCCCCUUCUUCUUCAAAGGUUCUUGGAAAGGAUUUCCCGUUGUCGGGUAAAACAGAACAGAAAGAAGGAAAACUGACCGGAAAACACGGCAGUGAUUCAGACAUAACUGGAGAGAAGAUUAAUGUGCCUUUAAAUGAAGAUGGGACUCCUCUUUAUGGUGAAAAAGUGCAUCCAUGCCAUUACAGUUCAUCCAUUUAUUAUGGAGGACAAGAUGUCUAUUCAAACCCUAAAAGUAACCAGUCUUCUUCUUCUGUUUACUCCUCCUCAACCGUUAGUAAUCUCUCCUCUUCCUUAAUUCUCUGUUUUUUCAUUUCUUAA